AUGACCUGUUCUGCUGCUGAAUGUAUCUGUGCCAAGAAGUCUACCUGUUCUUGUGGAAAGAAGGCUGCCUUGAAGUGCACUUGUGAAAGAGCUGCAGUUGAGAAUGCUGUGCCAAAGCUGGGUUCUGCUUGUGCCUGUGGUAAGAGAGCUAAGGGCAAGUGCACAUGUGGUAUCAACGACCAGAAGUGUGCUGUUAGAGAUGGAGAGACUGACUUCACUGGUACUUUGUAA